AGUUUAAAUCAAAAAACUUUUAACGCUUCCCUUUCUACUAGUGCGUUUGAAUUUUCGUUAUCAUCAAAUCCGCGAUCACGUAGACAAAAAUCUUCUAUUUAAGCUUUCAUCUUAUUGAGACCGUGCGAAACUUAAAAAAAAAGAUAGAGAAAAAAAGAAAAGAGAAAAGGGUUUUAAUCCAUGAGAAGUCUUCCGUAUCACGUUCGCCCAGGUAAGGUUACCAUCUUUGCUUUCUGCUUCGUUUUGCUCUGCUGUGGCCUUUUUACUCCGAAGAGCGGCGCUCUCCAAACGGAUAUCUUAGCGCGCGAGCUUUUUAGCAUCACGGAGGAGGUUCCGCCAGAAACCUCCAUUGAGUUCUACUUCGAGUUGCAUAAUGGAGCAGCAAUGGAUGUGAGGGUUGUCGAUGAUAAGAACAACGACUUGAAAUACUGGGAAGAUGGUAGCGAAGGUACAUUGCGGAUAGACGCGGGUGAGAUGGCCAAAACGUUUACCGUGAUCUUCGACAAUAGGGCAUCGCGCUUUUCGGGAAAAUUGGUAACUUUUCACUUCCGUGAGUACAUCAAUAGGCAAAAUAAAUUUGACAUCUCACAACUGGAUCCCAUUGAGGCCGGCGUGGAGUUGAUGUCUGAAACAAUUGACAAUAUGUUCAAGUAUCAGUUAGCGUUGCGCAAUCAACAAAGGCUUCAUCGUGAGACCAUUGAGACUUCUAACACGAGAGUGCUGAUGUGGGCAAUUUUCCAAAUCGUAGCACUGAUUAUCAUGUCCUUUUCCCAAAUAUUUUUCUUAAAGCGCUUUCUUGAAAGGAAAACGGUCAUUUGAUUUCGGUGAAUGUAUUAUGAGCGUAAAAACAGGAUAUGAUUUAGCGAAAAGGAAAGAAUUGAGGUGCAAUUUACUAGUAUUCGAAGAUCUAAUUGAAUUCACUUGUCUAUCAAAGAUCUGUGGAGGCUUAUUUGGGUCAUUUAGAUUCUUGUAGGAUCACAUUUUUUUCGAGUAGAAAACAAAGAUAAUGCCGUUAAACGAUGAAAUUACUUUUAUGAGUGCGUCAGUGCGAAAUAGUAUUUAUAUAUGUCAAUAAAAAAUGGAUAUUCAAUUGUU